CGCCUGCCCUGCCCUGCCCUGCCCGCCCCUUCCUCCUCGCCCUUCUCCCCCUGCUGCCCGCCCCGCUCCCCUUCUCCUCCCGCCGGCCGGGCCCCGCAGCGCCGGCGCCGUCGGGGUGCGAGCGGGUCCCGGCGCCGUGCCGGGCCGACCCCGGGCCGGCGGGGCCAUGGCCGCCAGCGCCAAGCGGAAGCAGGAGGAGAAGCACCUGAAGCUGCUGCGGGAGAUGAGCAGCCUGCCGCCCAACCGCAAGUGCUUCGACUGCGACCAGCGCGGCCCCACCUACACCGACAUGACGGUGGGCAGCUUCGUCUGCACCUCCUGCUCCGGCAUCCUACGGGGCUUGAAUCCUCCCCACAGAGUGAAGUCAAUUUCAAUGACUACUUUCACACAACAGGAAAUAGAAUUUCUGCAGAAACAUGGAAAUGAAGUAUGCAAACAGAUUUGGCUAGGCCUAUUUGAUGAUAGAUCAUCAGCAAUUCCAGACUUCAGAGAUCCACAGAAAGUAAAGGAAUUUCUACAGGAAAAAUAUGAGAAGAAAAGAUGGUAUGUUCCUCCAGAGCAAGCAAAGGUGGUGGCGUCAGUCCACGCGUCCAUAUCGGGGUCUUCUGCUAGUAGUACAAGCAGCACACCUGAGGUGAAGCCCCUCAAAUCUCUCCUGGGAGAAGCUGCACCUGCACUGCACUUAAACAAGGGCACACCUAGCCAAUCUCCUGUUGUAGUUCGAUCUCAAGGACAGCAGCAACAAGAAAAGAAACAAUUUGACCUCCUCAGUGACCUUGGCUCAGAUAUCUUUGCUGCUCCUGCUCCUCAGUCAACUGCAACAGCAAAUUUUGCUAAUUUUGCACACUUCAACAGUCAUACAGCGCAGAACUCUGCAAAUGCAGGUUUUGCAAACUUUGAUGCAUUUGGACAGUCUAGUGGCUCGAGUAGUUUUGGAGGUUUCCCCACAGCAAGUCAGUCUUCUUUUCAGCCCCAAAAUACAGCGUUCAGAACGCUUUCAUCUAGCUGCAGUUUUGGUGAAUUUACUUCAGCUUUUCCUCUUCAGGCUGUACACAGUGGAAGUGCUGGAUCAGUGAAUGCUAACUUUGCUCACUUUGAUAACUUCCCCAAAUCCUCCAGUGCUGACUUUGGAGCCUUCAAUGCUUCUCAGAGCAACGCAACAGCAACUGGAGCCAGUAAAGCUGCAGUGAAUAAACCAAAUCUUCAGUCAGCAGACAAAUAUGCAGCUCUGGCUAAUUUAGAUAAUAUCUUCAGUGCAGGGCAAGGUGGUAGUGAGCAAGGAAGUGGCUUCAGUACAGUAGUGUCAGCAUCAGGAGGUCCUGCUUUGUCGGCCCCAAAUCAAUCAAGUGCAUCUUCAGACAAGUAUGCAGCUCUAGCAGAAUUAGACAGCGUGUUCAGCUCCACAGCAACCUCUAGUAAUGCAUAUACUUCCACCAGUAAUGUCAGCAGCAAUGCUUUUGGAACAGUACCUGUGGCUGCUACUGCACAGACACAACCUGUAUCUUCAAGCGUGCCUGCUCCAUUUGGAGCAACACCUUCCACAAAUCCAUUUGUAGCUGCCCCUGUUGCCCCAGUGGCACCUUCAACAAAUCCAUUCCAGACCAAUAGCCGAGGAACAACAGGCCUCUCGGGAGCAAUGCACUCUCACAUAUUUCCUCACGCUCACUUUGCAGCAACAUUUGGUACUGCAUCCAUGAGCAUGCCUGCAGGAUUUGGAACUCCUGCCUCCUACAGUCUUCCUACUAGUUUUAGUGGCAACUUCCAGCAGCCCACAUUCCCGACCCAGGCAGCUUUCCCCCAACAGACUGCUUUUGGUCAGCAGCCAAAUGGAGCAGGUUUUGCUGCAUUUGGACAGGCAAAGCCUGUAGUAACUCCUUUUGGACAAGUUGCAGCUGUUGGAGUAUCUAGUAACCCUUUUAUGGCUGGUGCACCAACAGGACAAUUCCCAACAGGAAGCUCAUCAACCAACCCUUUCUUAUAGCCUUAUAGACACUUUACCCAAAAGAACUCUUAUGUGGUCACAUAACAUCUCUGCGCCUCUUGCACUGUUGUCUUGUUUCACUGAUAUUAGCUUUAAACAAAAAAGAAGUCUUUAAGAAGUUAAAAUAAAAGCCUGCUUUGUGUACCUUUGGGGGGGGAAAACACACACAAACACGAAAAAACAAACACAAAAAAACAAGCCCCCCCAAACAAAGAAAAUCAACACCCCCUCCCCUCCACACACACACACACCUCUCCCCAGGUAAUAAUGUGCAAAACAGAGGGCUGUGGUAACAUCCUUGAACCUGUGAACUGGCAGGUAAAAAGUAGCGGUAUCAUGUAUAUUAAAAUUGGCUAAUAAGUUAUUGCAGAUACCACGUUCAUUAUGCUGCAGUACUGUACAUAUUUUUCUUAGAAAAUAGCUAUUUGUGCAUAUCAGUAUUUGUAACUUUAACACAUUGUUAUGUGGAAAAUGUUACUGGGAAAUAGAUCAGCCACUUUAAGGUGCUGUUGUAUCUCUUGGAAUGAAUGAGCUACAUCAUUUUAACCAUUGGUAUUGGAAGUCAUGAAGUUAAAUUGAAGGUUUGUUUCCUUUCCUAAGAGCUCUUCUAUUUAUACAUGCCUAAAUCUCUAAUGUUAGAGGGAUACCUGUCUGCAUAAUAAAGCUGAUCAUGUUUUGCUACAGUUUGCAGGUGAAAAAAAUAAAUAUUAGGAAAAAGAUUGUGUAGCUUUAUUUCUGUGCAAUAACAUUUUAUUGGGUUAGAAUGUUCAUACUGUGAAUCUCAUACACAAAUGAGUUACCAAAAGUGAUAUGCUCAAAGGUGAUUUAAGCUUAAUUUUCACAUCCCUCAGUUUUAGCUACAUUUUGACCUUGUGAUUAAGCCUGCUGUUCUAACUCUAGUGAAGUGACUUAUCUAACAGGAAACUUGAGUUACUCUGACAGGAUACCUGUGUAAUGAAGGACACAAAGUCACUGAUAGUGACUUGAAAAAAGGUUAACUACUAAAAGAUACAAUUGUGGGUAGCUAAUGAUGGAGUCUUUGAACAUGACUUAGUUGUGAGCAGAAUGGUAUGUGUAAUAGCAGGCCAAGGUACAACAAAUGGACUAGUGCUCAUUUUAUUAAAAAUGCACAUAUGUUAGUAA